AUGCCGUACUUCGCGCUCACAUCGAAGCUCCACGCGCCCCGGUGCCCCCAGCGGAAGAAGCUCGCGGCAGGCAAGCUCGUGGUGCUCUUCGCUCUACCACCUCCCAACCCCAACCUGCUCAUCGAGGUGGUUAUCGAGUUUCUCAAUGCGCCUGACAUGGUGGCCGUCUCCCACUAG